UCACGUGCUUAUAUUGAUUAAUUUGGAAGAGUUAAAAUAACAGUUAAUUAAAAUAAUACUUUUCAUAAAAUAUUUUUUUUAAAUACAAUUUGAGCGUUAUAUAAGUCUAUCCAAAUAAUAUUAAUAAUAAAAUUAUCUAACUUUUUCCAAAAUUAAACUAUUUUUGAAAACUUCAUCCAUUGUUAAUCAGAAAUGUUUUGUCAUUUUUUUUUUCCUUGUGGCAAUGAGUCAUUUCAUCACAAUAGUCAGCUGAUGAAUAUUUAGCUAAAAUCUAUUUAAUAAUUAAAAUUUAGUCCUUAUGGCGAGUGAAAAAUCCCCCUUGUUGGGGAAUCAAAAUGACUACAGUUCUGCUCCAUAUGGUGGGUCUUCUGAGGCUCCAGAAGCUGAUCGUCAAACAACUUAUGUCACUGUUCCUCCCAUUGGACCUGAUGAAUUACCACCGCCUUAUAAUCCCUCCCCUCAUGGAGUUCCUAUGAUAUCAUGCAAAGUUUGUGGAUUUAUGAUCGACAUAUCUGCUAGGAAAGAUCAACAUGUUAUCAAAUGCACAAGCUGCAAUGAAGCUACACCCAUCAAAAGUGCACCGGUGGGGAAAAAAUAUGUGAGGUGCCCAUGCAAUUGUCUUCUCAUCUGCAAAUCCAGCUCCCAGAGAAUUGCUUGUCCAAGAAAUAAUUGCAAAAGGAUUCUGAACCUUGCAUCUGUACCUUCAGAUCCCUUUCCCCCAAAUGUGCCUGGCAUGUGUCAAGUUUCAUGUGCUUAUUGCCAUAGUCUCUUUUUAUUUAAUACCUUGACCAAUGCUUUAGCUAGAUGUCCCCAUUGCCGCAAAGUCUCUUCUGUGGGGCAGCAGUUUUCACGAAGUCGUGGAACCAUGUAUCUCUUUUUAUCUCUGUUAUUUUUAAUUAUAGGCUUAGGGGUUACGAUUGGAACAUACACCUAUGCUGUAAGGCAUGGAGGUAUAUACUGCCUAUAUGUAGGUGCUUUUGUCAUUUCAACAUUGUUAUUCUGCAAAGCUAUAUAUUAUUAUACUAUGAGAGCCAGCAGUAUUGAAGGACCUGUUUAAAGAACUUUUACAAUUUUUUACACUUGCUAAUUUUACAAUAUUCAUUUUUGUUUCCUUCCUAUUGGUUAGAAUGAGAAAUUUGUUGGGCAUAUAUUAUUUAAAUGAAAAAAUUGAGCUAUGGCUGAUUUCUUAUAUGCUAUUGUUAAUGGUUAUGAAAAAAUAAUAAUAGUUUAAUUUUUCUGUUCAAUGAUUAUUAUAUUAUGUGUAUAUAUAUAGCUUGUGUUAAAAAGUAAGACCUUAUUUAAACUGUUUUUGAUAAAAUAUGAAAUAUUUCUUUUACGAUUGGAUAUUAUUAGAGAACUUUUUUUCCUUAUGCCACAAUUGGGGAAAAGAUAUGGGUUAUUAUAUCAGAGUGUUAAAUAACUGGAUAAAAUUUAUGUCAUCUAUUUGCUGAUUAUUUUAUUAUUAAUUAUUGGCUUUGCAUAAAUGUUGUUUUUCACAUUAAUAUAUUCUAUGGUAAUGCAUCUUAUUAUUUAUAAUUUUAUACUAUAUUUUAAGAAUUCUUUCACUUCACAAGUUUGACAUUUGUUCUGUUAAGUAACUAAUUAUUUGAAAAGAACUUUAUUGUGAUAAAAUUUAGAUUCUGUGAUAUUUUCAUGACAUAUGUUAUAAGCAACCCCUCCCCCAUUUUGUUGAUCAAUGAUUUUUUUAUAGUGUAGAUUAUGAGCAAUAAAUUAAAUUGUUUAUUCUUUAUAUUUGGGUGCAAUCAAAGUCUGUUACAAAAUAUGCAUUUGUUUACAUUUAAAAUAAUUUAAUUUUUACCAAAUUUUAUCCUCGUAACAAUUUUUUCAUCUUCUUGAGUAAUUAUAGUUUUGUGCCAAUCCUAGUUACUGGAAAAAUGUCUAGCUUUAUACAUACAUUGUAUUUUUUUCCUUAUUAUUUAUUAUUUCCUUUAAAAAAAAUAAUCUGGAUUUACAUACAGCUUAUUUAGAAAUAAAAAAUGUAAGAAUUUCCCCAUAUGUACUUUUAAUUGAGAAUUGAGAGAACAGUUUGUUAACAGCAAUUGCUAACGUGCAAUCAUAUUAUUUGUACUCAGUAUAAGUCUUAUUUUAAAAAAUAACUGUGUUUCGAAUAAAUAAAAAUGAUUCAACGAUACUGUGAAAAAGAAUCGAAUUUUAAAUCCUGUAGUAGAAAAAGAAUCAAUUAUUAUCAAAAGCAGUUUUUAAUCGUUGAAAUUUUUAAUAUUUUUUAUAAUGAUCAGCUUUUCUAACACAAAGCAUUGAAAAUUUGCUGUUUUACCAUUUUGAUCUAGAUGGCAAAUUGAAAUUGACUGUGAAAGUUUCUAGGUUCAUCUAAAAUACUUCAGUAUGUUCUUUUAUGUGGUGUAUAAACUUUGUAAAAAUUAUAUAUUUUAUUAUUAUAAUUUUUUUUUUAAAUUUUGCUUUACCUUCUAAAAGAGAAAUUAAUAAAAAUCUUUCUCAUAAAGGUUUUAUCCCAAACUACUUUCAUUUCAAGGGACCAACUUUUAAGCCUUAUCAAGUAUUUUUAAGUUAUAUGAUGAAAAUUGCAAUGUAUUGUUGUAGUUGUUUUAUUUAUGUAAAUUUCAUUAUUUCGUUUAAAGUUAUUCUAUUUUUUUUUCACUUAGUGCAUCAUUGUUUUAUCUUUUAAUUAAGGUUUCAUAUAAUUAUGUGCCCAUCAAAUCUUUCAUUCCUUCUAAAAAAUGUAUAAAGCAAACUACAAAAGCACUAUGUUUCUAAAUGGAAAAUAGUUACAUUUAGAGCUACCUAAUAAUUAUAGCUGGCUCAAAUUAUAUUGUAAAGUACACGAAUUAAUUCAAGUUACUUAUAUUAAAACAUUUGUAUGCUUUUUUUUUCUGUGUGUAUGAACAAGUAUUUCCUUAUGUUUAAUGUUUAUUAUCUUUCUAAGCCUUGCAUGGAGCUGAUAUAUUUGUAGGAAAUCUGUACAUGAUGUAAAAAUAAUUCAUUUGUAUACUUUUUUUUUCUUCCUGUUUUGUACAGAUGUUAUUUUAAAUAACAUGUUUUUACGUUAUUAACUCUCAUAGAUGAUGCUGUGUAAAAUUAUUUCUGAAAUGUAUUUGUAAAUUACUCUAUUUUAAAAUUAAUUUUAAUUUGCUUGUAAAUUUCAAAGAGUUAUUUUUUUUCCCAAAAAGGUUACAAUAACUGGUAAUUCCAAAAAUAUGAUACGUCUGAUAAAAUGUUCAUAAAUUGUUGUUUUUUUUUUUUUUUUUUUUUUUUUUUUUUUUUUUUUUUUUUUUUUUUGGUUAUAAUUUUUAAAUUUAUUUUAAGUGUGCAUCAUUUAAUGAUAGUUUUAAAAAAGUAUCUAAAAGUUGUUGCUUAGCAAAAAAUAAAUAUUGUUCUAGUCUAAUACUGAUAUCUCAUUUUUAUGUCUUGCAUGUUAAAGUAUUUUCCAUAUUAUAAUGUAUUAGUAUUUUUUUUUUAAAAAAAAGGAACUAAUCCAGUUUCUCCUUGAUAUUAAAAAUUUCCUAAAAAAUGAUUCUUUUAAAAUUUAAAAUACUGGAAUAGCAAAAACACAGUGCAUUUUGUAAGAAACUCGCUGAUAACUCUAUAUUUUAAAUAAAUUUUAGCAGGUUUAAAAGCACUGUUUAAUUUUUCUUUUGCUUUCCUUUUUUUGUUUGCAAAAGAACUUAGUUUUCUGAUCAUCUGUAUUAACUUCUUUUAAUAUGCUACUGAAAUUAGUCAAACUUUAUAUUACAGAAUAAAUGUAUUAAUCAUGCUAGUUCAGCUUUUCUCUUAUUAGAAAAUGAAGUUGCAUAAAUAUUCUAUAUGGCAUGAAUUAUAUAGUGAUUCUUUUAUCAUCAGCUGUUCUUUUUUUUUACUACUUUAUAUUCAGUAAAUUAAUUCUAUUAAUACCAUGUUAUAUUAUCCAUUUAUAUCUGUUUAAAUGCCUAUUUUCUUAAAGUGUGAUCUAUUGAUCUAUAUUUUAAAAUAAACACUUUACCAAACA